GGUUCUACAAAAGAAUAUAAUUUAUACUUUUUUUGUAUUUAGGCGUGAAUUACCCUUCACUAAGUCAGCUCAUCUGACCAAUCCUUGGAAUGAACAUAAGCCAGUAAAGAUUGGACGUGAUGGACAGGAAAUUGAACUUGAAUGUGGAACCCAGCUUUGUCUUCUGUUUCCCCCUGAUGAAAGUAUUGACUUGUAUCAGCUCAUUCAUAAAAUGCGUCACAAGAGAAGAAUGCAUUCUCAGCCCAGAUCAAGAGGUCGUCCAUCCCGUCGAGAACUAGUCCGGGAUGUGGGAAGGCGUCGACCAGAAGAUUAUGAUAUUCAUAACAGCAGAAAGAAACCAAGGAUUGACUAUCCCCCUGAGUUUCACCAGAGACCAGUGCUUCAUGUGCUUUUUCCCAACAGACGAUUUUCAGGAGUUCGCUGAGAUGUGUUUUUAAAUGGGUCCUACAAUGAUUAUGUGAGGGAAUUUCAUAACAUGGGACCACCACCUCCUUGGCAAGGAAUGCCUCCUUAUCCUGGAAUGGAACAGCCUCCACACCAUCCUUACUACCAGCACCAUGCUCCACCUCCUCAAGCCCAUCCCCCUUACUCAGGACACCAUCCCGUACCACAUGAAGCAAGAUACAGAGAUAAACGAGUACAUGAUUAUGAUAUGAGGGUAGAUGAUUUUCUUCGCCGCACACAAGCUGUUGUCAGUGGUCGGAGAAGUAGGCCCCGGGAAAGAGAUCGGGAACGAGAGCGAGACCGUCCAAGAGAUAACAGAAGAGACAGGGAGCGAGACAGAGGUCGUGAUCGAGAAAGAGAGAGAGAGAGAAUAUGUGAUCGGGACAGAGACCGAGGGGAAAGAGGUCGUUAUCGAAGAUAAUGUGCUUUUGGAAGCACUGAUUGAAGAUAAAAAUACUGUAUUUUUUUGUGUGUGUUUACAAGUAGUAAAUUUAUUUUCAGCUGUCUACUUAAAGUUCAUUGUGUAGAAGGAUUUAUUAUCACUCUCUUUGUUCCAAGCAUGCAGUAUAAUAAGAACUGGAAAAACUCAAAUCCGCCAAAAAUGCACAGUUGACAGUUGACGCUUUUCGUUGAGGCAGAAUGGAACAGUCCAGGAAUGUAGAUAUUGAUUCAUUCUCCAUAAAUGUUCAUUUUUCAGUAUGUUCAUCUUAGUUAUUGUUUGGUUUUCUUUUGGAUCUUGAUCAAUAACUGCCAUGUCACUUUGCUUUGAUGUGUCUCUACAUGUAGUUGCACA